GUUUGGUGGAUCCUUGCCUUCCUCUCUCUUUUUAUGUGGCAUUACUCGCCAGACCCAUCACCAUCUCGCACUACCACGCUACUACUGAGUGCGCUGAGUGAGCUUUUUGAGUUUGUCGUCGCCCGCUCUAUCUCUAUCUCUGCUAAGCUUCAUAGCUCUCUUCUGCUACUCCGCACUGUCGACCUAUCGCUAUCAGCAAUAAUAUACAUCCACCUAUAUUUCUCUCCUGAGUUUGCAGUUGUCUCGACAAUCUCCACCGGCUCGCUUGCCUGGUAUCUCGAAGAAAAACCAAAACCCAGAAGAAUCAAUUCUCUAUCUGCUACUUGUCACUGUUUCGGCACCGCGGACAGAAAUAUCCAUCGCCAGAUGGUGGAGUGCCCAUUACACGAACUGAUCUCCAUUGCUGCUCACCGUUUUUAUAUAUCAUCAGUGACGCGUAUUCUCUUUGAUUCUCACCGCUUGCUUCUGUUAGAAUGGGUGUUGGCGUGACCUUGUUCGCUGCUCAAAUCUCCAACCAGGCACCGCCUUUCCUAUCAAAACUCCUCACACGCCUUCACGAACUGCCUGUGCUCGAGCUAGCGUCGAUUUGCAUUCACCUGACGUUGUUCCUUGUGUUCAUCUCAGUGGUAUCUGCCAAACAGAUACGCUUGUGCUAUGGCCGGAUUAGGCCUGGUAAGGAGAGUUCAAAUGCAGGUGCCGAACCAGUUCAGGUUUGUAGAAGAGUUGAUGUUCAACUCCAGAGGGUUGAGAUCAAUAAAAGCUACAAAUUUUCUCUCUUUUGUUGCUUCUAUGUGUUGCUGCUGUGCAUAGUUGUGUUGGGAUAUGACGGGGUGGGUUUGAUAAGGGAGGCAGCACAAUUGGAGAAUGUUGUCAAUUGGACGGUUAUUCUUUUGCCUGCAACUCAUAGUUUAGCUUGGUUUGUGUUGAGCUUCUCAGCAAUCUACUGCAAAUUCAGGGCAGCCGAGAAGUUCAACAUGCUUAUGAGGGUAUGGUGGAGUCUAUCUUUUUUCAUCUCUUUGUGUACUUUGUAUGUUGAUGGUAAAGGUGUUGUAUCAGAAGGGUCAGCGCACUUGAGCUCUCACGUGUUGGCAAAUUUUGCUUCUACCCCUGCCCUUGCAUUCCUGUGUUUUGUUGCAAUUAGAGGUGACAGCGGUGUAAAAGUAUACAGGAACCCAGAUGCUGAAGAGCCAUUAUUGGUAGGCCAAGAAGAGCCAGAGUGUCUCAAAGUCACUCCUUACAGUUACGCUGGGUUCUUCAGUUUGGCCACUCUUUCCUGGUUAAACCCUCUCCUUUCCACUGGUGCAAAGAGACCACUUGAUCUGAAAGACAUCCCACUCCUUGCACAAAAAGACCGUUCCAAGACUAACUAUAAAUUCCUGAAUUAUAAUUGGGAGAAGUUGAAGGCUGAAAGCCCUUCUAGACAACCUUCUUUAGCUUGGGCUAUACUGAAAUCGUUCUGGAGGGAGGCUGCUCUCAACGCAAUUUUCGCUGCUAUGAACACACUGGUUUCGUAUGUGGGUCCAUACUUGAUUAGCUACUUUGUAGACUACUUAGCCGGAGUUGAAGCAUUUCCCUAUGAAGGAUACAUACUGACCGGAAUCUUCUUUGUAGCAAAGUUGGUAGAGACCUUCACAAGCCGGCAAUGGUAUCUUGGGGUUGACAUUUUGGGUAUGCAUGUUAGAUCUGCUCUAACUGCAAUGGUAUAUCGCAAAGGACUCAAGCUCUCAAGCUCUGCUAGGCAAAGCCACUCCACAGGGGAGAUAGUUAAUUACAUGGCUGUUGAUGUUCAGAGAGUAGGUGACUAUUCUUGGUACCUUCAUGAUAUAUGGAUGCUUCCUCUUCAAAUUAUCCUCGCACUUGCGAUUCUAUACAAGAAUGUUGGAAUUGCAUCUGUUGCAACAUUAAUUGCCACUGUUGUAUCUAUUGUUGCAACAAUCCCGUUAGCCCGCAUUCAGGAGGACUAUCAAGACAAUUUAAUGGGUGCUAAAGAUGAUAGAAUGAGAAAGACUUCUGAAUGCCUUAAGAACAUGCGGAUUCUCAAACUGCAAGCAUGGGAAGAUAGAUACCGUCUCAUAUUGGAGGAAAUGCGCAGUGUGGAAUACAAGUAUCUGCGCCUGGCUCUUUAUACACAAUCAUUGGUUACUUUUAUUUUUUGGAGUUCUCCUAUAUUUGUUUCUGCUGUCACUUUUGGGACAUGCAUAAUGUUGGGGGGUAAGCUUACAGCAGGAAGUGUUCUUUCUGCCUUGGCCACUUUCAGAAUCCUUCAGGAACCACUCCGAAAUUUCCCUGACCUGGUUUCAAUGAUGGCUCAGACAAAAGUGUCCCUCGACCGGAUAACUGGAUUUCUGGUGGAGGAAGAGUUGCAGGAAGACGCAACUAUUGUGCUUCCUCGUGGCACCAGUAAUGUGGCAAUAGAAAUUAAAGACUGUGACUUUUGCUGGGAUGCAACUUCAAUGAAGCCAACAUUGUCUGGCAUACAAUUAAGAGUUGAUCGAGGAAUGCGAGUAGCUGUCUGUGGUGUGGUGGGUUCUGGCAAGUCAAGCUUCCUUUCUUCCAUCCUUGGUCAAAUCCCUAAACUCACUGGUGAAGUUCGGGUUUGUGGUGCUGCAGCUUAUGUCUCUCAGUCAGCAUGGAUACAAUCUGGAACCAUAGAAGAUAACAUUCUGUUUGGCAGCCCUGUGGAUAAAUUGAAGUACAAGAGUGUGAUCCAUGCUUGUUCUCUGGAAAGGGACUUGGAGCUUUUUUCACAUGGUGACCAGACUAUCAUUGGUGAUAGAGGCAUAAACCUUAGUGGUGGUCAAAAGCAAAGGGUGCAGCUAGCCCGGGCACUCUAUCAGGAUGCAGAUAUAUAUUUGCUUGAUGAUCCCUUUAGUGCUGUUGAUGCACACACUGGAUCUGAAUUGUUCAAGGAGUACAUAAUGACAGCUCUAGCUACAAAAACUGUGGUUUUUGUGACUCAUCAGGUUGAAUUUUUGCCUGCAGCUGAUUUAAUACUGGUUCUUAGGGAAGGCUGUAUCAUUCAGUGUGGGAAAUAUGAUGAACUUCUUGAAGCAGGAACGGAUUUCAGAAGUCUGGUUUCAGCACAUAAUGAAGCAAUUGAAGCUAUGGAUUUAUCUUACCAUGAUUGCGAAGAACCGGACGAACAUCACCCUCUUGAUGGCUCUAUUCUGAUGAGUAAAAAAUGUGAGUCAAUAGGAGCUAAUAUUGACACUCUGGGGAAAGAAGUGCAAGAGUCUACAUCUGCUGCUGAAAAGAGAGCAAUCAAAGAAAAAAAGAAAGCUAAACGUGCUAAGAAAAAGCAGCUCGUUCAGGAGGAGGAACGGGAGAGAGGAAGGGUUAGCAUGAAAGUUUACCUGUCGUAUAUGGGUGCUGCAUAUAAGGGGUUAUUGAUUCCUCUCAUCAUAAUUGCUCAAACGAUGUUUCAAGUCCUUCAAAUAGCUAGUAACUGGUGGAUGGCUUGGGCAAAUCCACAAACACCUGGCGAUGAAGCUAAAACAAGUAGCGUGACUCUUAUUCUUGUUUAUAUGGCCCUUGCCUUCGGGAGCUCGUUCUUUGUAUUUGUCAGGGCUGCUCUGGUUGCUACUUUUGGUUUGGCUGCUGCACAGAAGUUGUUUGUGAACAUGCUUAGAACAGUUUUCAGGGCGCCAAUGUCUUUCUUCGACUCCACCCCUGCUGGGCGUAUUCUGAAUCGUGUGUCUAUUGAUCAAAGUGUCAUUGAUCUUGAUAUUCCCUUCAGACUUGGAGGCUUUGCUGCAACAACAAUCCAGCUGCUUGGUAUAGUUGGUGUCAUGACAGAAGUUACCUGGCAAAUUUUGCUUCUUGUUAUCCCAAUGGCAGCAGCUUGCCUCUGGAUGCAGAAAUAUUAUAUGGCUUCCUCGAGGGAAUUGGUUCGCAUUGUCAGCAUCCAAAAAUCUCCGAUCAUACAUCUCUUUGGUGAGUCAAUUGCUGGAGCCGCUACAAUCAGAGGUUUUGGGCAAGAGAAAAGAUUUAUGAAGCGGAAUCUCUACCUUCUUGAUUGUUUCACACGCCCAUUCUUCUGCAGUAUAGCUGCUAUAGAGUGGCUCUGCUUGCGCAUGGAGUUGCUUUCAACAUUUGUCUUUUCUUUCUGCAUGGUUUUACUUGUGAGUUUUCCUGUUGGAAGUAUAGAUCCAAGUAUGGCAGGCCUUGCUGUUACCUAUGGACUGAACUUGAAUGCGCGCUUAUCACGGUGGAUACUUAGCUUUUGCAAGCUUGAAAAUAAAAUUAUUUCUUUAGAAAGGAUUCAUCAAUACUGUGAAUUACCUAGUGAGGCUCCAGUGGUUAUUGACAGUUCACGUCCGCCAUUGUCUUGGCCAGAAGAAGGAACAAUUGAACUCUUUGACUUAAAGGUUCGUUACAAGGAGAGUCUUCCUACUGUGCUCCAUGGAAUAUCCUGCAGAUUUCCUGGCGGGAACAAAAUUGGAAUUGUUGGCCGAACAGGAAGUGGAAAGUCUACUUUGAUUCAGGCCUUAUUCCGGUUGGUUGAACCUGCUGGGGGGAGAAUAACUAUAGACAAUAUUGACAUUUCAAACAUUGGUUUGCACGACCUUCGCAGUCGUUUGAGUAUUAUACCCCAGGACCCAGCAUUGUUUGAAGGGACGAUUAGAGGAAACCUUGACCCGCUUGAAGAAAAUACUGAUGAACAAAUAUGGCAGGCACUUGACAAGUCACAGCUUGGAGAAAUAAUCCGACAAAAAGAACAAAAACUAGAUACUCCAGUGUUAGAAAAUGGUGACAAUUGGAGUGUAGGCCAGCGGCAGCUGGUAUCUCUAGGCCGAGCUCUAUUGAAACAGGCCAGGAUUUUGGUGCUGGAUGAAGCAACAGCAUCAGUUGAUUCAGCUACUGAUAACCUUAUCCAAAAGAUUAUUAGAACAGAAUUCAAGGAUUGCACAGUCUUGACCAUUGCACACCGUAUACCCACUGUAAUUGAUAGCGAUCUUGUUUUGGUCCUCAGUGAUGGGCGAAUUGCUGAGUUUGACACCCCGUCUCAACUACUAGAGGACAAGUCGUCUAUGUUUCUUAAAUUGGUCUCAGAAUACUCAUCGCGAUCAAGCAGCAUGACUGAUGUUUGAUUGAGCCAGAAACCCCAACAAUUCUGUAGAAAGGAUAUUUCAUGGAGAUCACUCGUAUACUUCGUAAGACACAAUGCAGUUUGGCGGCUGGAAAGGAUUCGGCCACAACUUGAGGGAAGAUGAAAUGGGAAAUGAUUGUGCCAUUUGUAUUAGCCUUAAGGAAUAAAAUUUUCCAUUUUCUUCAUAUAUUUUUAACACGUUUGUAGAAACUGAUAAUAGAACAGAGUAGAUUUUUUUAGUCAGUCAAGAGUGGAGCUUUGUAGUUUUCUUUAACCACAUCCAACACUCAACAUACUGUUCACUUUCCCUGUGACCCCUCAUCCAUGGAGUCGAUAGGGGUGGGUGGCAUUUAGGUAUGCUGAAAGUUUGUGCACAUUUAUGAGUGUAAAAUAUCAUUUCAUAUUACCCUCGCCCAAUCUGAACAUCUGGCUGCGUUUAUUACAUUCAUCAGUUUAUGUUUUUAAUUUAUCCUAAUUUCAUUCCAAAUUUCCAAC